AUGGUUCGAAAAUUAUCACUUGGCCAUGUCUUCUCGAGAUCGAGAGACAGCGACCGUCCUCCAACACCCCCUCCUAAAUCACCACCACUUUCUCCGAUCAGCAUUGUCUUGCCUCUCGCCAGAGGCAGCAAGUUCAAAGAGGAAUCUGUUUCCGCUAUCUUCACCGCUACCGCUCCUACAGAAACCACGCAUCCCGCCGAGUCUUUUACAGAAGACUACCGUCUCCAGAUCCCACUCCACCAAAACCCCUACCUCACCAUCCUCGAAAAGACGUCCCCUGAACAAUCCACGCGUUGUCUCCACCUCCUUCGCACGUCCCUCCCUACUGACCUCGAUGCAGUGCGUGAUAUCAUGCCGAAACCCAACGGAUUUGUGCACACCGUGCUUGAGGGCGUACAAACAAUCAUCGUGCGCUCAUCCUCCGCCCCUGAUGACGUCUGGACUGCGAUCCUCAUCCAAUUCAGCUUUCUUCAUCUUGCACUCAUGGCGCGCCAGAUGUUGGAGCUUAUGCAUACACGCGUAGUGGAUCCGGUGCUGAGGAAUUGGAUUGUGCCUGAAUUUUCAACGACAACGGAUGUAGACCGGACAGUGUAUGCGAUGUCCAUCAUGUCGACGAUGAAAGAGUAUUUUCGCUACAAGUUUGUACUGCGUUGUGGGAUACCGCUUGUGACCCUCCUCGGGGAGAGACAUGACUGGGAGACAAUCCUGGAGCGACUAGAGCGGCUAAAACUAUACAACAUAGAAACAAUAGCAUGGUAUCACCUCCUGCACCCCGUCAUCUCUCGAUUCGUAGCUGCUUUCGACGCGCCAUCCAGUCCCGAAAACCUCGAUUUCUGGUCCAAAGUCGCACACUACGAGGGAGGCGGAAGUGGGCCGACCUAUCUCUCAGGCUGGAUCACCGCAUUUUGCGUGUUCAACGAGCAUGGCAUAUGGCAAGGUCCUCCGCUAAAUGCUGAGCGCAUGCGGGAAGACGCGCCAAAGAAACUGCUUCGUCCUGCGGAUCCACGAGUGUUGAGUGCAGCCCAGUUUGCCGCGGUGUAUACCAUCCGCGGAGCAUGGCGUCCUUUCCUGGUACUCGGGGGGAUGCCGUAUCCAAUGAUCGACGAUGAAUGCGUGCCGUGCGGGUACGCUCAUCUCGAUGUGAAGCUAGAUGAUAAUGGGGAAUUGUUCGAUACGGUGGUCGUUGCGGGCGCAGUGGGCGCACAGAUCUGUUCAAAUGAUAAAUCGGAGCUGUUUAAGAAUGGGAUGCGGGAUACCGUAAGGCCAGUGGUGGGGUAUUGGUAUUUAUCACCGGGGCGGGAUGAUUAG